AUGUCGUCCGCUGGGAGAGGCGGACCGACGUCGUCUCUGCUGCCCCACGCCCUCGUUCAGGCGUCGACCAAGCCCGAGCGGUGCUUCUCGUGCGCCCAGUGCGGCAAGCGGUUCAAGCGCUCCUCGACGCUCUCCACGCACCUGCUCAUCCACUCGGACACCCGGCCCUACCCGUGCGAGUUCUGCGGGAAGCGCUUCCACCAGAAGUCCGACAUGAAGAAGCACACCUACAUACACACCGGCGAGAAGCCCCACAAGUGCGUGGUGUGCGGCAAGGCGUUCAGCCAGUCCUCGAACCUCAUCACGCACACGCGCAAGCACAGCGGCUUCAAGCCGUUCGCCUGCUACCUGUGCGGCCGCUCCUUCCAGCGGAAGGUGGACCUGCGCCGCCACGCGGACUCCCAGCACUGCCUGCUGGCCGGGGCCACCGACGAGGCCAACAGGGCCGCGGGGGUCGCAGCCGCUCGAGGCCGAACCGCUCACGCCGCCGCUGGUCUCGACGGCGCCGCUCUUCGGACUCGCCCAGCUGUCCCGCUGAGGGUGCGGCUGCUGGCUUGGUCCGGAGGCCACAACUCCAAACAUACGGGACAUUACAAGGGAAACUAG